AUGGAGAUUAUUAAGAUGGCAAUCACAAGGCAUCUUGGGGCAUUUCUACAUGUUGAAGAACUUAUUGAGGUUGCUAAACUUCAGAAGCAUCUGUUGAGGAAGCUAUUACUUGAGAAGCUGCAGCUGGCUUUUGAUCUGUGUCUUGUUCUAACCAAAAAGGGGCAUGGUCCCAUUUGGGAUUUAGGUGCUGCAAAAGCCAGAGGUCCUAGAGCACAUGGAUGUAAGUUCAAGAUACCAGUUGCUUUGCUUUGCUUCACUGAUGAUGAAUCGAUCAGUGAGUUACUUCACAAAUGCAUGACUGGGAAUGUUAUCAGAGUCAGAUUCUCCUUAAUUUCAGAAGAUGGACGGUGUUUCUUGGCUGAGAGAUUUCCCUUAGAUGCUUGA